AUGGACAGUGCAGGUGCACCGUCAAGCCGGAAGAAACAUGGACGCCGUCGUGUGGCUGAUAGUAUCAGUAAAUCCCCAGCACCAGCGGCUCAACAAUCGCCUGCAACGAAACUCCUAGCAGCGCUCAGUAAAGCUCAGGGAAAAUCUGCUCCUGAUCCACCAGCAUCUUCGCGACAAACUGGCCAAAACCAGAAAUCUAAAGCCGAUUCGGCCACAGCAAGGCAGAAAGCUGAGUCAAGAAAAAAAGCUAACGCAGUUCAAAAUCAGAAGUUCAAGUUGGAAUGA